CUCCCUCUUCUUCUCCUAUCUCCACCACCGCACUAACUCUCCCCGCAGUCCACGCCUCAGACUCAAGGCCCCGAGGCCGAGGAGUACGACUCACUCCCCAUGGUCGACCACGCGGCCAACAACAGUCUCCCGAUGGCCGACACCAUGCGAUCGGACGCCGAACCACCGAUGGUAGCCAAGCCCGAGCCCGACUCCGACUCUGAUCUCGAGAAACAGGCCCCCGCUCCGAGCGGAAAAGCCUUUGGCGCGGCGGCGACGACCACCCUCCCUCCGCCCGCCCCGCCUGCAUCGUCCAACAAGAAACGGGUCUGUGGACUGUCGGUGUUUUGGUUCUGCUGCGUUGUUGCUGCGAUCAUCAUCGUUCUCGCCGUCGCCCUCGGCGCUGGUCUCGGUGCCGGACUCAAGAAAGGCAAUAACAACAACAAGUCCUCCGACUCCUCAUCCGGGUCCUCCUCUUCUUCGUCCCUCCCUGUGUCGUCGACAACAACCAUCUCUUCAACUACGUCUGCGAUCUCUUCUUCUGCCUCUGCUUCUUCCACUGAAGCCAGCAGCUCGGCGGGCGUUGAAUUAAAGGUCUACGUUCAGACAAGCACCGCGACCGUCCCCGUCGUCACUGCAACAGCAACCUCGAUUGCCGACGCGUUCUGCAUUCCAGACUCAAACAUCAUCCAUCCUGCGCUUCCCAAGGUCAAAGUCACCGAUGACGACGAUAAUGCGUACAAUUGGCGCAGAUACGUCGAAGAUAGAUAUAACGAGACCAGGUUCUAUGGCAGCACGUGGACUGAUGGCUCUAGAGGCGGUUGCCAAAUGACUGCUUACACCAACGAGCCUCUUGACGACGAUAGCGUCAAAAUUGGCAUCUAUUACAGACAUGGUGAACUCGAGCUGGGUAAAGAGUACGGAGUCAGAAUUACAUUUCUCGCCGAUAUUCUCGAAGGCUACGAUUCUUCCGCCGGUUACUUAGCCCUUGAUGCUAGGGUCAGGCUCGGCAAGGUCAAUUCUACCGAUUCCAGCGAUGUUCAAAUUGUCUGGAAAUAUACUAUUACCCAGCAGGAAAUGAUCAAGAAAGGUUACAGUACCUGGACAAUCACGCUUUUGGACUCCUUCACCGUUCCUGAUGAGCUCGAUAACGAUCUACCCAACAGUCUGGAGUUGUCUAUCGAGGUAUGUCUAUACAGCGUAUGUUGCAUACUGAACGUCGUACUAAUCUCCUUUCACAGAUGACGCCCUUUGCGCAAAACUCAUACAUCUUCGACGCCAGUAUCUUCGAUGCCAAUGAUACGUCGUGCGAGAAGGCCGACCCCAACUU